AUGGCAAGAUACUCUGCCUCUGCGGACGAGCGGGCAAUAGAACGUUGCUUGCGAGAGCUUCAUAAGAUUAAGUUACCGCAAGACAACAAAACCAGUGGUGGACUUGUGGUCAUCACGAUCACCAGCCCAAUCCGCAUUGGAAAAGGCAUAGAAAUGCAAAGAGGCACAAUGAUAGAGAAGAAGUCCAUGGGAGAUAGUACCCUUCAAGUAGCGAAUGAGGCUUUUCAAGCCCUGCAAAUGAGACACAGUCGAGCAAUGCAUGAAUUGCGAGAGCUUGUUAACCGCGAAGGAGAUGUCCGGGCUAGUGAGGCAGAGUUAUUGGAGGCCACCAACGAGUUGACGAAAGACAGUGGCAUCUAUGAAGGAAGAGCCAUCAGAGAGAACUAA